AUGACAUCCCAGCACAGAGCCUGUCGUCAAGCAGAAGCAAUUGCUUGGUCCGCCUUCACCGAGAAGUGUCAUCCAGACGCUCUUCAUUUGGAGAGUCGUAGGCUGUUGCAAGGGCACGAUUGCCACCGGCUUGGGCAAGACUACAAGCAGCAGCGAAGCGCCUGUAAUCGACUCCAAGACGAGCUUGAUUCUGCAGUUUGUGCACAGGUGCACAAACAGGUAUCCUGUGACCGUCGCCUUGCUUGUGAGGCAACGGUAUUAGAUGCUAUGAACACUGCUCUGGACACAAUGGAAGCACAAGGCCGCGAGUAUUUUGGUCUCGCCAAGGCAAACUCCUCUGUGGCCUGCUUGUUGUCAGCAUUAAGGCCAGGUGAAACCACAGACGGUGCCCUGAAAUCUUGCCACAAGCUUGGAGAAGAGCACGAUGUAGAGGCCUACAUGCUAUCGUUGCCUUCAUUGCCCCAGAUGACCACCUGUGAGCCCAUGGCCGUUCUCCAGCAGGGAGUCUCUGGUGGGGUCGUCGACUACAGUGAUUUGCCACGAUUAGCCCCCUCCAAGACUUGUUCAAGUGCCUGCUGCAGCUCGUUGUUGCAAGAGGAUCCGAUUACAAACUCAGAGGACUACGAGCAAGCCCAUGACGAGAAGCCGCCCAUAACCCUCGAGGGCUGCGUGGCUUGGUUUCGCGCAGAGGAUGCAGCAGAGCCAUGGCCCAGCACCGUUGGGUCCCACCAAGGGCACGUUGUCAGUCGCAAGUCCGACAUGGGCCUGGAGGUUGGGCAUGGCGCCAAGAAGGGGGUGCGCUUCCUUCGUGGCGAUGAGAAGACUCGCUUCGACUUCGGAGAGGUCCUGGAAGAGUCCUACACCGUUUGCUCGAUUACACGUUAUACCGGCCAGCCUUAUGGACGAAUCCUUCAGGGUUCCGAGGGGAACUGGCUGCAUGGGCAAUCGGCUGGGAAAGCGGGCGUCACUUGCAGCGGACAAGACAUGCCUGCAGCAGCGGUCUUGGAAGACUGGGUAGUAGUUUGUGCAACUAGCGAUGACUCACGUGCAGCACUUGUAAAUGGAGAGACCGUGCUGCAAGACUCUUGCCAGCCUUCGAAUGUGAAGCUCAAGCAGAACCUUGUCAUCAAUCAUGGAAAGAUGUGGGAGGAAGUUUCCAAAUGGGCCGUCAUGGAAGUCAUUGUCUGGAACAGGGUCCUGUCUGCGCCGGAGAUGACACAGGCAUCUGAUUAUCUGAACGCCAAACUUGCCAGCGGAGUUGCCGUCGAUCUGAAGAUCAGCAAGGCGGAUGGAUCCUGCAAUGGACGUCGGGUGCAAGUCCAGCUCUCUACGAAGAGUGGCGAAGGUUGGACUCACUAUGCAGACGGAGGAGACGCAACAGACAAGCGCCAGUAUCUACUUCCUGACGCCUCGUUCGGCAGCUAUAAGGUCCUUGACAGUGCUCUCCCGAUUGUUAGCCUGCGGAAAGAUGAGCUGGCUCCCUGGGGCCACUCAUCCUUGCGAGGCAAGGCCUUCGUGGUCAUGGGCAAUCACAAGGGCCCCAAGACGCUUUCCUUCUUUGCGAUUGACAGCAACUUGACCAUCCGAAUCACUGUCAAUGGGACUGACUGGAAGGAUGUGGAGUUGGAGCACGGCACUGCAACCUACGUAGAGGGGGACUUUGAGUUCUCUCGGGUUCUGUUGAUGGGAACCCGGAACUUCCUGGUCACCAUGAGCGGGCCAGACCAGACGUUCAACACGCCAGUGGCACCGGCUGCCAAGACGAUCUAUGGUCCUUGUGCUGAGGACUGGUACGUCACAAAUUUAAAGGGAACACCCACCACCAUCAAGCAGGAAUGUUCCGAUGGGACCUCACAUACAUAUACGGCCAACACUGUGAGUUGGCGGAUGCAUGAUGACGCACGGACCGCUCACUACACAAACGGUCCUCAGGUGAGCAAUGAUGCUUUAUCCAAAUGCGAAGCGUGGACGGGAACCUUGGCGGCUGCUGUCAAGAAGUGUGACGAGUCGGGCAGCUGUCUGUCCUUGCAUGACGCUUUCUGCGACGGCCGGGAGUGGAGGAUCUGCUCUGUUACUGCGGAGACCUUGAAGAGUGUGGAUGCUGGGGCAACAGAUGCCUGCACCAAGAUCAAGGGUGCCUCCCUCAUCCAAACCGAGAAGCAGUCGCCUGCAGGAUGGUAUCGCGUUGAUCAAGAAAAGAAGACCUGCAAUGCCACCUGCAGCGCACUUUCCUUGGUUUGUUCGUCUGACAGCUCUCUGCUGAGCUCCGAGAACAAGAUGAAGGUGGCAGUUGGAGUGUUGGGAGGAGCUUGUUCAACUGUCGAUGAGGCGCAGAAUGGCACAUUGGCCGCGACAUUCCGACCAGAUCCCAAUGAUGCCUCCAACACCAUCUGCGUUCCUGCAAGUGAGAGCGUCCCGCUGGAUUGCGGUCAGGAGAUGCCGAAUGAUGAGACAGUCCGCAUAUGCUACUGUGGCUCCGGUGUUGAUGAAAUGUACAAACUGGCAAGCAAAGGCAGCAAUAUUUGUCCGGACGACUACCGUGCAGUCGAAUCUAAGGAGGAUUGUCAAACGGCUGCCGAGGGAGAGCUUCCAGGCAUCCCCUCUCCCAGCGUUUGGGACCCACAAGAUCCCAACAAUCAGGGAUCACCUUCCAGCUGCUUCAAGGAUUUAGAGACCGGAAAGGUGCGCUUUAAUUCCAUUGCCAUGAAAGGCUAUGAAUCCUUGGACAAGUGGCAGACAGCGGAUCACCGUAAGAUCUGCCGGAAGGCUUUCAACGGUCCCGAGGAGGAGCCCAUGUGCAAAUUCACAGCCACAGAGGACCGUACAUUUCUAGGAGGCGUCUCCUAUGACAGAGCAACUGGUCCCAGCUCCAGUGCCAUCACCUUCAUGCCCCCAGGCGUUUUCCAAGCUGAGACGCAGAUGCCCUUUGGCAUCUCGCAGAUCAAGUUGAUCAGCGACAAGAAUGCAACGUGCAGAAUCAAAGGUAAGAAGUACAAGUUAUUUGGACGUCUGGGAGUGUUCUCACUCAGAUUGUCAAGCAAGAAUCUCAGUCCAUUGGAUGUGAUCCUCUGCAAUCAAAACGUCAUGGCGGUCGGCUUCAAGAACAUGUCAUCCAGCGCAGCCCCAUCCACAGUUCCUGCACCUCGGCUGAAUCUACUGUCCGCUACAGCAUGCCAAGCUGCCGACAUGCGCGGUGUUGGAGGCUUGCAGCUGGACACCGUCUUGCAUUUGGAGCCAGGAUUUGUUUUCGUGAAUGUCUUGGAGAAAACGGCUAAAGGAGAGGUCCACACAAUUGCCAAAGAGGAGUUCAAUGAGUUACUGCAGCCGUACAACAAAUAUCCCGUCGUAAAGCGUAUCUGCCCUUCGUGCGCGGCCACUCAUACGGAGAUUGUGUAUCGCAGAUUUACUCCUUUGAACGAUUACUCUCCUUAUGAUUCGUUAUCAUGCGCCUGGAACGAAGAUCCAGACAACAUCGAGGGAAAAGAUUUCAAGCUGUUUAGCAACCUCAACAAUGCCUUCGAGGAUGAGCACAAAUGGUCCGCAUGUAAUUAUGCUCCGCUUGGCAGCUUCAGGGGCUUCCCCUUUGAAAGCGGUCCUCUCACAACACUUGGCGAGCAGUGGGACAGUAUCCCUGUCAACGCAGGAGAUUCCACGGGAAAGUGCACGACGGAUAAAGGUGGCCGUGCAGUGUCAUUCCACAUGCUCCUUCCCAUCGUGCCUCAGACGUUUAGGCUUGGUUUGUCUGUCGAUCAAGAUGGCCGUGUCACAAGCUUGGAAGAGUCCGAGUUCAACCGACGUUUCCAGGAGAGCAGGUACCACAUCAUUCUGCGCAAGUGCCAGGAGUGCGCGAAGAGCCACAGGCAUGUCUUCUAUCGGAGAAUCACGAACACGGACACCUACGAGCCUUACCGGGCUUUGGCAUGCGAUUGGCAGGCUGGCGAGGCAAAUGCAUACAUGGUGGACUUCAAGCUGUACAGCGAUAUCCAGGACGCGCUUGCGGAUAACAAUCCAUGGGAAUACUGCGCUUUUGAUGGCAAUGGGUUUCCCGGGACCUGUAGCCCAACCGGUGCAGCAAAAUCGGGCCAGGCUAGCUAUAUACCAGUGUCUGGUUGCACAGGCACAUCUGGCAAGGCAGUUUCCUUUGAGUUGUACGAGGAUGAGGACUUGGACGUAGAGGAGUUGCAGGAUGCGGCUGUUGACAGUGUCCGAGCUGUCCAAGAUGCGGCGCUUCCGGCGGCGAUUGUGCCCGCUGAAGGUCUGGUUUCCUGGUUCAGGAGUGAAGAUGCAGGGCCCAGUUGGAAAAGCAGCGUGGGAGCUUUCACAGCAGAGGCACAGGGUGGUCUGGUUCGGGCUGCCCCACGGCACUAUGGUGCUGAGCUUAAGCACAUCUAUGGUGACAGCAAGUCAAGCUUUACCUUCGGUGACAUUCUUCCAUCAACGUUCACGAUGUGCUCUUUGUCAGCGUACACGGGCAUUGCACAGGGCAAGAUUCUCCGUGGUGAGAACUUCUGGCAUGGACAUGCCGAAGGGCAAGCGGGCAGUGUCUUCUACGGCCAGAUGGUGCACGAUGAGAAGAACUUGACGGGAACUCGAAAUUGGAUUGCUCUUUGCGCUUCAAAUCAACAUGAGUUCGUAUUUCUGGAUGGUAUGGAGAUUGCGGCCAAAUUUGCUGGGAGUGGUGGCAAGACAGUAGUCGGUAUCAACGAUGGCCCUGCUGAAGAACACUCGGACUGGGCGGUCGCAGAGAUCCUUACCUGGGAUCGUGUGCUGACUCGCUAUGAGAUGAACGAGGUUCAGAACUACCUCCGCGCGAAGGCAAAGACCUGCCAGCCUGAACAAGCAGCCCAGUGUGAAACAGCUCCUUGCGUCUCGCUCUUUGUGGGCCCCAAUCGUCACAACGUCAUGUUCCGCAAUGACGAUGGGACAGCUACAGUCAAGACCUACGGAGGGACGCCGGUGACCUGUGUUUGCAAAGGACAUUGCGUUGGGCUGGUGGGCUCUUGGAGAUGUGACGACGGACCCUACGGCGGCCACUACACGAUCAGCCCCAGCUACAGUGACAAUUGGACACCGGAGACCAAUCGAGACAGCCUGCUUCUUUGUAAAGUUGCCAGGCCCAUGUGGUCUGAGAAGGCGGAGGUUGACAGCAAGCGCUUCGCAAUCCAAGCCGGCACUUCGCAAGAGCUUGUGAAGGACACGUCGUUCACUUUAACAGCUACAAUUCGACGAGAUGGAGCCGGUGGGCCACAGACGCUCUUCAGCUCCAGCCAUGAAUCCUCCAACAUGGACCAAGACCUUCGGGCGGUUGUCAACGCGGACGGCACCUUCAGCUUCUCCUUCGGUGGCCAAGCUUGCCAAACAGCACCGACAGAAAUGAGCGUAGCGGGUGAAUGGCAGCAUGUGGCCUUCAUGUACGAUAUGGUGCAGAACGAGACUAAGAUUUAUCUCAACGCUCUCGAGGUUAAGGCUUGCAGCUUCGGGUUUUCAUUCGCGCCAGACGAUGCUGCAAAAUUCGCAAUUGGUGGUUACAAAGAUGGGAAUAAGUGGUCAGGGGCAAUGAAGGAGAGCGCGGUCUAUUCCCAGACGCUGAGCACACCCCUCAUUGGCCGUUUGGCAGGUGAUCUUGCCAUGCCAAAGGCUAUGGUGUGGUAUUCCCAUGAAGAUGGCUGGAAUCGGAAAAGCUAUGUGGAAGCUGUCAGCUAUUGUGCGAAGCGCAAGAUGAAGUUAGCGCAUUUCGAAGACUACUGCACCCAAAACAGCGAUGGGGUUUUCACAGUAAGUCCUCGCGUGGCUCCUGGAGAUCAAUGGGCACCAUAUGCUGGAGCGCAGGAGAACUCGUGGGUGCAAGUUGGCAAUGGAGCCAGCACCAAAAAUCCGACUGAGCCUUGCAAGACCUACGAGCAACAAUUUGGCGACAAGCCUGUGUGGGGAAUGGACGGCGAGUCCUACCGAUACAAGUCUUUCCUUGCUUGCAAGGCAUCGUAUGGAUUCAUCCCGUAUUCCGCAGACAAGGGUCAAGGAAAAUGCGAUAAGGGCGAGGAGGUACCACACGCUAAUGCUGCCAGGACAGAAUAUUCUUGCAAAAUGCAUUGCGUCAAAGAGGCCAGCUGUGCGUUUGCCAGUUGGUCUGCCACAGAGCAAGAUGGAACCUGCACACUACUUUCCACCUGUGACUCGUGGUCUCCAUCCUCGACAUCCACAACGUGGAUCAAGAAACCAUUGCGUUAA